AUGGUCUUACCAGGCGAGGAGGUUGGGCCCGAACCAAAGCGGAAAAGGAGAGAAAAUGUCACUUCAAACUCGUCCAUCGGCGCCAGGCUUGCCAAUAUGGAAGCUCUUGAAGAAGCGGAUGCCAAAAACUUAGAGGCUCAGAGGGCUCGUCAGAACGCACCGGUUCCAGUGUUGCCCCCAAUCAAUCAAGCCGACUCAGAUGAAGAGCCUGCACAACUGUAUGAUGCGUUCAUGCCAGCUGAUGUUCUACAAGAUUUGGCUCAAGAUGCGAACGCAGAUCAUCAAGACGUGCUAAGACUCCACUUGAAACUUGCCGGUGCACUCCGGAUGUGGUUAGGCUUCUACAUGCCCAGACUUCCCAGAGAUCAAAAAUUCUUCCCCAGUAUAAAGCCAAAGCGACAUCGAGACACCGAACCUGACCGUCAUCAUAUCCCCCACGAUCGAGCCGUUAAUCUCCUGCAGAACCUCGGAAUUGGACCAGCUCGACCAGUUGAACCACCAGCUGAACUGGAUAGACACGAUGAACACGAAGACGAUUGGAACAAUCAACCCGAUGUCAACUAUGACCCUCAAGAUGACCCACCUGUCCCUACCCUUGAUGGCGCGGCCGAACGACUAGCUGAGGCUGCAAGAGCGCAACACUAUGCUCAAAAACGGCUCAACUUCGAAAAACAAUGGGUUGCUCUUGCAGCUCCUGUCACCGCUGUAUACCUUGAGCGUCAGCAUGCAACCCAGAAUUGGACAACUAGCAUGUCAUACCUAGCCAACCAGCCCGAAUGCCGCUGUAAUAACCAAACCACCCGGCUGAUCGACCUCAUUGACAUGUAUGGUCGAUUAAGCAGUUACCAAUUCACGUUUUGCAAGUGUUGUCCAGAUGUCAUCCGCCUUCUCUAUGCAGGAUACUUCGCAAGCUCACCUUCCCAACCACACACAGCCUUCUCGAUUCCUCUCAUUCAAUUCCAUAACCGACUUUGGCAGACCUCGGCACUUUCAACAAGUUCCUUUAUUGACGCUCUUGGAGGUUUCCUGGACGAUCGAUCAGCUUCACCCCUCUAUGGCCAGCUUCGUAAUGGAACAAUUUGCAAGCGGGAACUUAGAAAACCUAUAACCCAUUCAAUUGAUCUUUACCGGCGAAUAUUAUAUCAUCAAGAACUACUUUACAUAGAAGGACUCGAGCUCAGUUUACUAGAAGUAUAUGCCGACAAGUGUUCUCGCUGCUUUGGACCCAGAGAAGGUGAAAUCACAAAGGUGGCCGACUUGUGUAAGAAUACUGCUGCACUAGCCAGCGAUAUCAAGUCGAUCUCAAUGUGUAGAUUGCAUUAUCCAGUCAGCAUACUGGGAUACUUUCUAGAACAACUCCCCAAUAUCAAGUUUGGCGUUCUCUACGACAUUGGGUGUCACCUUGAUGCACACAUCAAGAAGUUUUAUUCAGCUGAUUUUCUCAGGGAGCAAUGGAUAUUGGAAAGGAACGCACAAGCCAGCAAGAAGCAUGCAGAAGAGCAACAAAAACUUGAACUGGGACGAUUGCUAUGUCUAGAACAAGAGAUUCAGAAGCUCUGGAAUAGCCCUGUUCCUACUGCUGAGUAUGAAAUAUCACGGGCACAAAGGUUGAAUGAACUCCAGGAAAAAAUCACGACACAGCGAAGAAAGGUUGGAGCAGCAGAUGUGCUUGCAUUGCUAACUAGGCCUGAGCACGAUGGCCUUCUAAUGGUUUGGUACUGCAUGCGAGAUGUCCGAUCUAGGUUGAUUGCAAUAUUCAAGGAAAAGUUGCCCCUUAACCAAUCUCAAGCUCAUGGUCGAGAUUCAAACUUAGGAACAGUACUAACUAGAAAUACAGGUGUUUCUGGCAGGACUGCUGUUCUUGCCUCAAUACGAAAGCAUGCUGCCGCUCUCGGCAAGGCCGUUGAUCGCUACCAAGAACGCCUCAACACUUUUCGUCAAAAAUUCCCUAAUCGCCUUGCGUAUCCUCCUGAUAUUGAGUACGCAACGCUGUUCCAGAUUGCGCCGGAUGAUCCUUUUUGGAGUGAAGGUCUCUUCACCAAUCACAAUGAACCAUGGGCAAUCGAUCCCUCGACUCAAUACGGAAUGCGACAGCUUUCUUACCUUGAACGAUCCGAAGAGGAACUGCGUAGAAUUGGGUGGGAAGUACGACGUGAAAUGCGAUGGAUCAUCAACACUCGUACCCGAAUCUCUCAUCUUCUUCAAUGUCUUCUCCAUGUUGCUUUAACCUGGCUUCUUGGAAGUUGCAGUAGAAGAAGAUGUUACAAUGAAUCAUGUUUAAUCUUUUGA